AUGUCUAAGGAGUUACAACAAAUUAUAGAGAAUAAAGUAAAUCUUUAUGAUAUUUUAGGAUUCCACAAUAAUAAUUCCACAAUAACUUCUAAUGAAAUAAAGAAAAGAUAUAGAAGUUUAGCAUUAAAAUAUCAUCCUGAUAAAACCCCCAAUGAUCUUACAUUAGUAGAGAAGUUUCAUAAAAUCACAAUUGCACUUAACAUAUUAACAAAUAAUCAAUUGAAAACAGAAUAUGAUAAAUGGUUAAAUAGUUAUCUGUUAAUCCAACGCAGAAAUGAUGAUGUCAGUAGUGAAAGAAAAAUUUUGAUGGAAAAACUGACCACUCAAGAAGUUACUGAAAAACAAAAAAAUUUGAUCAAUAGAAAUGACAAUUAUUCACGAGAUCUAGGAAAAAUUCAAGAAUAUGGUGAAUCUCUUCGAAAAUUGAAGCAAUUUAAAAUGCCAUACGGAGAUUGGAGAAAUCUUAAUCGAGUAUCAAAACCAAAUAUUAAGCCGGAAUGGAAAGAUGUAGCGUUAAAUAAUGAUGUUAAUACUUUAAGGAUCGAAGUAGAAAAUUUACCUCAUUCAGAACUGGGUCAUCUAGGAUUAGAUUUACAAAUAUCCAAGAAGGAUCAAUUACAAUCAUAUCUCGAAAACUCCCUUGGGUUACAAUUUGAAGAAUUGUACUAUUCAUCUAGAAAUAAUUUCCAAAACGAUGAUACAAUUGUGGCAUAUGCUGUAUUCCAAAAAACGGCAGAUUCUAAAAAAGUAUUUCAACUCUGGGAAAGCAAUAGCAUACAGUCACCACUUAUUGUCAAUAUCUCUCCCUUGAUCCCUGUUUCAUUUUAUCAUAACAUUAAAAUACCUAAAGAUUCUGAUAAACUAAACAGAUCCAUUCUAGAUCAAUUAUCCAAGACAACUUUCUCAUCUUCUACCACUAUCCACAUUCUUGACGACUAG